AUGACUGCUCGCAAGGCGGAGGGUCCUACCAGCAAGGUAGUGUGCAUCGGUGACAAGUCCCGUACUAUGCUACGUCGCCUGUUUGCACCUAACAUGCUCGUCAGUGUUAAGGAUAUUGGUCGGAUAGCACCAGUAUUCGCGGACGCGGCGACUAUAGCGGCAGCCAUUGCCGAGUCUGGCUACAUAUACGAGUUCGGUGAAAUAUACUACAACAAGUACUUCAGUCCUGUCAAGUAUGAGCUCACUACCAUACCCGUAUUUAACAAGGCGACGAUUGAGUCCGCUCCUAACAUGAACGCAUUUGAUGAUGUGGAUGACGACCAACUCGAGUGCUACGCAGAGUGGACGGUGGCGGCGCUUCUUUACUACACCAUGAAAGAGAGUGCAGCUUCAGAACAAUCUGCACGAAUGGCAGCCAUGGACAAUGCUACCAAAAAUGCUGCUGAAAUGAUCCGCAAACUAACAUUACUAUUCAAUCGUACAAGACAGGCCGUCAUCACUAGAGAACUUAUAGAGAUCAUUUCGGGAGCUGCAGCUCUUAAAUAA